AGGGCGGUAGGGCAGAAUGGAGGUUGUGGAGGACAGGCGCGUCAGAGUGUUGUGCUUCCAAGACGAGGGCUUCAGGAGCACAAUGGAGGACGCUCACUCUGUAGCGGCAUGCGCCGGGGGCAACGCCUCGUUGAUAGGUGUGUAUGACGGACACGGCGGGGAUCAAGUGGCACGCUUCUGCGCUGGCAGCAUGAGCACCAUCCUGGGCUGCAAUCAGGCUUUCCGGGACGGCGACUAUGCGAGGAGCUUGCAUCAGGUUUUCAUGGAGGCAGAUUCACGGGCUCCAGAUGCUGACGACUGUGGGAGUACCGCGACCGUGGCUCUGGUUACUGAUGACAACCAGGUUUUUCUUGGCAAUGUUGGCGAUUCUUUCUGCUGCUUGUUUGUGGAUGGGUACGUGAUGGAUAUCAGCCAGGAGCAUGACUGCAAGUGUCCUGGGGAGCUAGACAGGGUCGUCAAGGCGGGUGGCUAUGUGGAGAGGGGCUCAAAGGGACGCAUAACUUUGGCUGGCAAAGAAGACGAUGUCGAUUCGCUCAUGGUGACCCGCAGCAUUGGGGAUUGGUCGUUCAAGAGCAAUCCGCAGCUGAGUCGAGAAGAACAAGCUGUGAGUGCUGUUCCGGACAUUGUCAACUUUGACAUUUCCAAAGGCUGCCACUUCCUUAUUCUUGCUUCUGAUGGAGUGGAUAAAAACAGCAUAGACGAUUACCAUUGUGGACAGAUUCGGAAGGCGUUGCAGGCCAGAGACUACGAACAACUGAAGCAGGUUGUGUACAAGAUCUUAUCGUCUUCAAAGAACGACAACCAAACGCUGCUCUUGGUCGAGUUGAAGGCAGCGGCUAAGCAACAAGUUCAUUCAUCGCCUUCAUUCACAACGUCUAGUUGGUACACGAAUCCGACCUUGUAUCAAGGAGCUACCAUGGUCACGAAUGUCCCUGCAUCAAAACCAUAAAACCAGAUGCCUAUAUGUUUCGUGCACCAAAUAUACCAGUAUAUACCUAAAUAUAAU